AUGUUAACAGUGAGUGAGGUGCUGGUAUUUUUUGUGCUGUCUCUGCUAUUAAUAGAGUUUCUGAAAUUGCAAUGGAUGCGAAGACAUUUUCCUCCUGGGCCAACUCCGUAUCCCUUCUUUGGAAAUCUGCUGCAGAUGAACUUCAAAAUUCAUCAUGAGCAUCUUAAAAAAAUGGCCAAAAUUCAUGGCAAUAUCUUCACCUUAUGGAUUUCAAACACUCCUGUAAUUGUCCUGCAAGGGUUUCAGGCAGUGAAGGAAGGUCUGACUGCCCAUGCUGAAGAUGUUGCUGGAAGGCCCGAAAGCAGAAUCUUUCAAAUUCUAACACAUGGAAAUGGUGUUUUGUUCUCUAAUGGUCAUCUCUGGAAGCAGCAGAGGCGUUUUGGAAUGGCAACAAUGAGGAAGAUGGGAUUAGGGAAAAAAAAGAAGGAUUAUCUACUGCAAGAGGAGGCUGCUCACUUGGUGGAAUACUUACAGAAAACAAAUGGAAAACCUCUGGACCCCGCUAUGCCUAUUGUUCAUACGGUCUCAAAUGUCAUUUGUUCAAUGAUCUUUGGACAUCGUUUCUCCAGAGAUGACGAGAAUUUUCACCGCCUGAUUGAGUCCUUUGACACUCUGGCAGCAUUUUUGAACAGCAUCUCCUUUUAUAUGUAUGAGUUGUCUCCCUGGCUUUCUGGUCACUUUCUGCCAUCAGUUAAAAAGAUGAAGUCCUGCAGAGAUUUUGUGGAGGCUCUGUUAGUAAAGGAACUUGAAAUUCACAAAGGAAAAAGAAAGCUUGAUGAAAAUCAACAUUUUAUUGAUUACUAUUUGGAUGAGAUCGAUAAAACUAAAGGAGAUGCUGAUGCAACUUAUGAUGAAGAAAACUUGAUCCAGACUGUUGCUGACCUCUUUGUAGCAGGCAUAGAAACUACAGCCACCACUUUACUGUGGGCAUUGCUCUAUAUGGUGAUUUAUCCUGACAUUCAAGAGAAAGUCCAGAAGGAGCUGGAUGCUGUUGUGGGUUGUUCCCAUGUGUUUUGCUAUGAGGACAGGAAAAGGUUGCCCUACACAAAUGCUGUAAUUCACGAGAUCCAGAGAUACAGUAACAUACUCUUAAUUGCCCUGCCCAGAAUGAGUGUGAAGGACACAGAGCUGCUGGGAUAUUGCAUUCCAAAGAACACAGUAGUUUUAUCAAAUAUUGACUCUGUUCUGGCUGAUCCUGGAAAAUGGGAGACACCUGAUCAGUUCAACCCAGGCCACUUUCUGGAUAAAGAUGGAAACUUUGUAAACAGAGAAGCAUUCUUACCAUUUGCUAUAGGGCACCGUGUGUGCAUGGGGGAGCUGUUGGCAAGGAUGGAGCUCUUUAUUGUCUUUUCCACCUUGCUACAAGCAUUCACAUUCACCCUGCCAGAAGGAGUGAAGGAAGUCAACACGAAGUUUGUUUUUGGGAGCACAAUGAAGCCACUUCCCUACCAGCUCUGUGCCAUUCCUCGAUAG